AUUGGCUCUAGGGCCCAUAAGAAACCGGUGAAUGAGCUGCUGGCCCUUGCUGAAACUUGCUGGAGGUCUUUGGCAUCGCCCUUUCCUCUUCGUCAAUCCGCGGUCUAACCAAGCUGGGGAAAGAUGAGGUCGUCCUGUGUCUUGCUCACUGCCCUGGUGGCACUGGUCGCCUAUUACGUCUACAUCCCCCUGCCCGGCUCCGUAUCGGAUCCCUGGAAGCUGAUGCUGCUGGACGCGACUUUCCGGGGCGCACAGCAAGUGAGUAACCUGAUACACUACCUGGGACUGACUCAUCACCUGCUUGCUCUGAAUUUUAUCAUCGUUUCUUUCGGCAACAAAAACGCAUGGUCCACGGCUCAGGUGAAGGUGACCGACACUGACUUUGAUGGCGUGGAAGUCAGAGUGUUUGAAGGCACCCCCAAACCCGAAGAGCCUCUGAAACGCAGCAUUGUUUACAUCCACGGAGGAGGCUGGGCUUUGGCAAGUGCAAAAAUCAGGUACUAUGAUGAACUAUGUACAGCAAUGGCUGAGGAAUUGAAUGCUGUCAUUGUCUCCAUUGAAUACAGGUUAGUUCCAAAGGUUUAUUUUCCUGCACAAAUUCAUGAUGUCAUACGUGCCACGAAGUAUUUCCUGCGGCCAGAAGUCUUACAGAAGUAUUCAGUUGACCCAGGCAGAAUUGGCAUCUCUGGUGACAGUGCUGGGGGAAAUCUGGCUGCUGCCCUGGGCCAGCAGUUUAAUCAGGAUGCCAACCUCAAAAAUAAGCUCAAGCUGCAAGCUUUAAUUUAUCCAGUUCUUCAAGCUCUAGAUUUUAACACACCCUCUUAUCAGCAAAAUGUGAACACCCCAAUCCUGCCACGGUAUGUCAUGGUCAAGUACUGGGUUGACUACUUCAGAGGCAACUAUGACUUUGUCCAGGCAAUGAUAGUUAAUAAUCACACUGCUCUUGAUGUGAAAGAGGCGGCUGUGCUCCGGGCGCGUCUGAACUGGACGUCUCUCUUGCCAGCAUCUGUCACAAAGAACUACCAGCCUGUCAUGCAGACCACUGGCGAUGCCAGGAUCCUUAAGGAGAUUCCUCAGCUGCUGGAUGUCCGUUCCGCUCCACUCAUCGCCGAUCAGGAAGUCCUGCAGCACCUUCCAAAGACCUACAUUCUGACGUGUGAGCAUGACGUUCUAAGAGAUGAUGGAAUCAUGUAUGCGAAGCGUUUGGAGAGUGCAGGCGUGGAGGUGACCCUUGAUCAUUUCGAGGAUGGUUUCCAUGGCUGCAUGAUUUUCACCAGCUGGCCCACCAACUUCUCCGUGGGAAUCCGGACUAGGAAUAGUUACAUCAGGUGGCUGGAUCAGAACCUGUAAAGAAAUGAAAUUUCUAGAAUGUGUGAGCUUCUCCUGACCUCCUGCACAUGCUUUGGAAAAACAUGCACUUUUUAGUCAACUAAUUUCCUCUUGUUAUUCGUGAAUCUCUAUUCCCUGUAAACUUUGUGUUAAUUUAAUUUUUUUUUAAAAAUGAUUUGACUAACAAGUGCAAACACAACUGAAUCUGGUUCUCAAAAUGGACCAGGGCCAGUUUCUCUGUUCUACUCAUUGUAAUUCAACUACUUCUAAUACCCACAACUGCAGACAGCAGGACUAGGAACUGGGGAUUGUUUGGAUCCUGCCUUCAUCAAGAGGUUCUUUUCAGAAGGAAUUCAGCCGUGGAUGAGAUAGUGACUUUAGUGAGCUAAGAAGAGUGGGGCUCCCUUCAACUCUCUAGAGUUUACUUUGGGUUCAGGGCAGUGAUAAAAGUGUGCACUUUAUGGUCCGUGGUGGGUACCAAGUGCCCCCUCUUCUCUGUGGGUGGAUGUUUGUUUGUUUGUUUGUUUUUUUCCCUAUGGGGAUUUCAACAAAAGCACUCUGACAAGGACAAGUUUCUCAAAAGACUUUCUUCUUUAGAGUGUAAUUUUUUGUCAUAGUUAUCUGUAAGUGCAGUUGUAUGAUGAUACUUGAAAGCUACUUUUACCACUAUUAUUAGAAAACAUGUCUUUGCAUGCACUGGAAAUCUGCACAUUAAGUUUUUGACUUGUGUUCUCCCCUUGGGGGGAGAUCUUGGGGACAAAUUUAUUUAGAUUAAGAGAAAUUUUCCAUUAUUAAACAAGUAAAACAGACAACUGAACCAAGUUAUUGUUUCAUAAAAAGUACUUCUGAUAUAAAUUACCAAGAUCAGUGUGUAUAUAUUUGGUAUAGUCAGAACAGAAGAUACAUUUAAUAUUAUUUUAAAAUUAUGAAAAAUACCUGUAGAGGGUCUAGUUUAUUCUUAAACCUUAACUUUUCCACUUACAUGACUUUGAAAUGGGGCUAUUUUGGUAUAUAUAAUGUGUGGUUUAUUUUUUAAAGUUAUUUAAUGUUAAUAUAUGUAGCUAGAUAGGAUUUUUCAGAAUAAUGUCUGCUACGAAUAUUAAAAAUAAUAUUUUUAGAAAACUACCAUAAGGUUUAAAAAACUACCUUAGAAUCACAUCUUUCUGUAAGUUUAUGGAAAGAGGUAAAAUAACUAUUAAUACUACUACUUACUAGGUCUACAUAUUUUGAUGUUUAUAUGCACAUACCAAUUGAAAUUACAAACCAUGACUACUCUAGUAAAUUCAUCUAAACUUAAGCAAGGCACAUACCACCCAUUUCUGCUGCCUCAUGGUCAGAACACUAGGUCAUAUUCUUCUGGGAAAAAGGCACAUGGUGUCACCUGGUAACUUCACCCUCCUCAUCUCCUUCCAGCCAGGUGGCAAAGUUCCAACGGCCCAAGUUCCAUUUCAUGUAAAGCCUUCACUGCCAGUGGGAACUUGUUUGGCAUACGAAGGAACUUCAAUUCGGAUGAAAGUAUCUCUGCCCUCCUUCCACUCUUCCUUCUGCGCCAUCCAAGCUGCCUUUGGGGAUGACAGAGAGCAGCAUUACGGCCAAGGAAUGAGACCAACAAACUCAUAUUGGGGGCAAAAGUAGCACUUUUUUACUCAUUUAAAAAAUGAGUUUUCCCCACUUCUGGAAUUGAAAUGAAUGAAAAUGUGCCCACUUAUUUUUCAUUUAUUAUUGUAUAAGUCAGUAGUAUUCUAAGUACAAAAAUAGAGGUAAAUGUACAGUGUGUGUGCCUGAGUGUGUAUUAAAAUAAUCAUGUGACUUUACUUGCUAAUGUAUGCAGGCAAGUCAUUUACCAUCUCUGGGCUCCUUUUCCCUAUCAGCGAAAAUCAGAGAACAGAAUUACUUAUCUCUGAGGUCUCUAUAAAUCCAACUGUUUUGUUAAACAGGCCAAUUAUAUUGUCCUUGCCUAGAGUGAAGUUUUCCCCACAUACACAAAGACAUUCAUUAUCAAAUUUGUUUUUUAAAACUGGAAUUUUAGUUCUUACUCUGCUAGCUACCUUCCUCAGUUAAUAUCAUUCCUUUUGAUACCAUUUGAAGGAAUCAGUUUGGGACCUUAUUUUGAGGGUACCUCUCUCUUAGAAAGCAAAUAUAUAUGCAGAGUUGCUUAAAAUGACAUUUGCCCCCAGAAUUGGGAGCCAAAUCCUAGAGUAAUUACAGAUAAAUGAUUCCAGGUCUCUAAAAGGCUCUCUCAGAUGAAAAGGGAAUGAAAGAAAAAAGGGAUCAACCACUGUUUCUAGUAAAUACUUGAGUUUCUAUUAAAGCUUCUAUAGACAUAAAUAAAUUAUCUAAUGACUUGCACUGUAUCCCACCUCAGAUCUUUCUGGAAAGAAAUACCCUCUGGAAUGGUAGCAAUUGCGAAUCAUGAUAUACAGAACCCACUAGAAAUGAGAG